UUAAAUAGUUUUCAAUAUGGCUUGUUUAUAAUAAUUGAAGAAAUACAUUCUCACAUGAUUGAGUGGAUUUUUAUAUUUUUUUAAAUGAUGGACCCAUGGGACGGGUCCUCCCCCCCCCUCGCGUUUAUUUACAUCGAUCAGCUGUUCUCUCAGUGUGUGCUUGCAACGACACUUCGCGACAUAAACAACCGUUCAUUAAUUUUCACGUUAAAUUAAUUGAAAAUGAGUGGUGGCAUCGUUCCCAGUAAAUCAACGGUCUACGUAUCAAAUUUGCCGUUCUCCCUGACUAAUAAUGAUAUUCACAAGCUUUUGGAGCACCACGGAAAGAUAGUAAAGGUAACAGUUUUGAAAGAUAAAAAAACUCGAAGAAGCAAAGGAGUAGCUUUUGUAUUGUUCCUGAAACCAGAAGAUGCAGUGACAUGUGUUCAUAAUUUGGACAACACUGAGUUGGGUGGACGAACGAUUAAAAGUUCGAUAGCAGCGGACAACGGUCGCAGUACAGAAUUCAUUCGACGGAGAGAGUACCCUGACAAGUCUCAAUGCUGGGAGUGCGGUGAAGAGGGCCACCUCUCGUACAAAUGCAGCCACAACACUUUGGGACCCAGGACCCCACCCCCGAAGAAGACUCGAGUGAGAAAGAGAAGUAAAGCUGGGGGCGAACCCUCGGGCACUAGUUACUAUGACUCCGACAGCGACGAGGGAGCGAGAAACCCCAGAGGCGCCCCAAGAGUUGAUUCCCCUAAAGUCACCGAUGACGUGGAUACAGAGACCCUUAGUGCUGCCAUAAGGCACGAACAGGAGCUGCUGGAGCUCGAGAAAUACAGGUACAAAGUAGCCACAGGACAAUACGACGAGAAUAAUCAACAGGACUCGAAGCCCAGGAAGAGAUUCAAGAAGAACGAGUACUUCAGCGACGAAGAGGAGCUGAGUGAUUAA